AUGAGUGCCACCGCCUGGAAGCCAGAGCCCUCCUCCGGGGAUAAUGAUGAUGACCACGAGGAAUCCAAGAAGCAGAAGAAGGAGGAGGCAAGCGGAUGGGUUGCCACCAGGCGAUACGCUAGAAUUCCGCUUAAAAUAAUAGCUGCUCUGGUCACUGUGUAUGUGUGCAUGUUGUCCUCGGAGCGCUACUUCUACUACUGGGUGCAGACCUCCAUCGAGAGGACCGAUAUGCAUGUGUCCGAGAUCGACUUCCCAGCCGUGACCAUCAUUCCGAUCCAUAUCCGCAGCCUGCAAGACGGGAAUCUCUCCAAGGCCUACAAUUUGGUUCAGUCCGUGAUCUGGCAAACGCCGAUGUCAGCUCGCCUCACGGAGGACAACUUCACGGAGUUCGACGACUUGGACAGCUGGGACAUGAGCACCUGGAGCAUCUACCAGUCGCUGCAGAUCAGCUGCCAGCAUUUCUUCAUCGAGUGCCAGUGGCGUCGCCAGGCCGUGAAUUGUUGCGAUCUCUUUCGACCCACCAAGACCUUCAAUGGCUACGCCUACGAGUUCAACUCACUGGUCUCCUCAGGCAAGGUGGACACUUGGCCAUGGUCAGUGGCUGCAUCGGGAUCCAAGAGCGGGCUCUAUGUGAAGAUCAAGCGGCAGCAAAGUGUGUAUACGUUGAAUACACUGGGGGUGAUAGUGCACGAGCCCACUCAGUUGCUGGGCAUGAGCAUUGACUACUCCUCGGAGGAUCGCAUUGUGGUGCCGGUGGAACCACUCCGUUUCACUGCCGAAGUGGAGGUUCGUGCCCGUCCUGUGCAAAUGCGUCGUUGUUACUUUGCGAAUGAAAUCCCAGAGGGGCGGUCGCGUUCGGAGUGCAUCUACAAGUGCCACUUUAACUACAUCUUGAGCAAGUGCAAUUGCUCCUUGGAACUGCCAGUGAAGGCCACUUUGGAUGAAGGCAACAUCACGGAUGCCAAGGAAAGCAACGGGCGUAGAAUCUGCGGUGUCAAGGAUCUGUCCUGCUUCAAUAAGUACAAACUUUCCCUCUUCUCCAUGAGCAACAUCAUCGAAGAGUCCCGGGAUAACGUGUUCACCACCGUGGACUGUGGCUGCUUUCCGCAGUGUGAUCACACCCAGUACCACACGUCGACCUACACGGAGAAGCUGAGCACCCACAGCACCCAUGGCUCGGAGAUCGAGAUAGAUGUGUACUUCCAGGAGGAGACCCUAUUCUCCUACCGCUCCGUGCUCCGUUUCACCCUGAUCGACUUGAUGGGUGAGUCUGGCAUCAAUCACAUGCGCGUUGAAAUGUAUCCUCCUCCUUAUUUACUUGUAGUUUCCUUUGGCGGAAUAGCUGGCUUGAUUAUGGGCAUCUCGGUGCUGGGCUGCUUCAACAAGAUCUUGGAUCACUUCGCUUGUUGUCGUCCACCCCCAGGUUUCUAGGUGCAAAGCCGCAUCAGGAAAUCCCAGCUGGGUUCUUACGUUCCCAGACUUACCUGUAAUCCAAGAUCACCUGGUUCCUGGGAUGCGCACAUAAACAACUCGAGAACACAAAACGCAUUCGGAGAACUACCUGCUCGAGCAGUGGAAAAUUUUCAGGUGCAGCCCCAGCCAGACAUAACAAAACUAUAGGCUUUCUUCACGUGCACUCAGAAUAAAAGGAAUGAAAUAAAAAUGCUGUUUUUAAAUCCCAGAAAUGCACGUUGACUCUUAAUGUUUAGCAAAGUGUAGCUUGGAACUUUGCCAGUAAAUUCUUG